GCCAAACUUCGUCUGGCAACACUGCACAGUAGAGUUGUUUUUGUCGGUCGUUGCGUUGUUGUAAAUUAAUAUAUUAAAGUGUGUCCGCGAUGGCACAGUUGCUUGGCCUUUUGGGCAAAAUAUAAAAAUUACACGGCGGUGGCCAAAACGUUGCUCGCGCACAAGAAAAAAAAAUAUAAUAAUAGACCUACCAACACAAACAAACGCACGGGCGGCGCAAGCGAGCAGUUCGUUGUUCGUAGAAAGGAAAACGAGAGAAGGAAAGAGAAAAAUAAAGAAAAUAAAAGUGCAAUAGAUACGGUUUUGGGAUUGUGCAAAAAAUCGAAGUAGUUUUUCUGCCAGCACGAAUAAUAGCUCUGGCACUGCUACAGGUUCCGUUCCGACGUUGGGAAUAAACAAAUACCAAUAAAAAUAACCCCAGCGCAGCAGAAUCAUAACAAAGAGCAAAGGAGCAGCAGAAGCAUAAAAGACAAAGACAAAGGCGGCGAAGCUGCGGGGGAUUGCAAGAGUCCCCUUUUUGGGGUUGGACCAGGAGAGCAGGAACUCCGACUAUGCAAUACCCUGGGAUCUAAAAAUCAAACAUAAUGCCUUGCGACAACGCCAAAACCUCGUCGGAUAUCGAGCAUGUGGACUGGAAUUCCGGCCAGCACUAUGCAAAUGUCAGAUUCGGUUCCGGCAGCAGCCAAGCCUCGCAGAACAGCGGCGACAUCUGCCGCAUUUGCCACUGCGAGAGUGAUCCGCAGAAUCCACUCCUGACGCCCUGCUACUGUUCCGGAAGCCUGAAGUACGUCCAUCAGGCAUGCCUUCAGCAGUGGCUCACCGCAUCCGAGACCAACUCCUGCGAGCUCUGCAAGUUUCCCUUCAUCAUGCACACCAAGAUCAAGCCCUUCAACGAGUGGCGCAGCCUUGACAUCUCCGGCAUUGAGAGACGGCGAUUGUGCUGCUCCGUGCUGUUCCACUGUGCCGCCGCCCUGUGCGUCAUCUGGUCGCUGUGUGUGCUCAUCGAGCGGGCCGCCGACGAUGUCCAACGUGGCCUAAUAGACUGGCCCUUUUGGACGAAGCUGGCGGUUGUCACCGUGGGCCUUACCGGCGGCAUUGUCUUUAUGUACAUCCAGUGCAGGACCUAUUUGCAUCUGUGCCAUCGCUGGAAGGCACGCAACAGAAUCCUGCUAAUUCAAAAUGCCCCUGAGAAGAUCCAUCCAUUGGCUCCGCCUUCACCGGUGGCCGCCCAUCACCAUCAUCAUCACUACAGUGAGCCACUAGCUCAUGCGGGCUCAACCAGCGGCGGAGCAGUGGAGAUUAAUGCCAGCGGAGCGGCUGCCCACGAUGGCAACUGUGCGGCUACUCUGGAGAACGGCGUGGGUGGAGGAUUAGGCCUGCACCAGCAACAGAUGCAGCAGCAGCGACUGCUCAACUCCUCGCCACAUCAUAUGCUCCAGCUGGCCGCAGAAUUGGAGGUGCCGCACAGCAGCAGCAGCGCCUGCACGCAGACAGAGGACGGAGGACAUGGCCACCAGCGGCACCAUAUGCAAAUGCAGCAGGACGGACAACAGCAGCUGGGACAGGUGGCGGUGGCCGCCAACAUUGAGUGUUCACAGUCGCAGCACAACUAUGACCGCGACUGGGCGCUCGACGACGUCGUCUCACAGAUCUCCUCAUUCCGACCCUGUCCGCAGGGUUCGGGCAGCAUGACGCCCUUCCACGACUCCAUUCACAAUGUGCUGGAGCACUCGGAGGGUUCUAGUCGCGGCUCGGCCACGGAUCUCUGUGCCGGUUCUCGACAAGAUCUCAGUGCCAGCGGCAUAUCCACGGACACGGGCCGCGAGCAUGCCCUCCAGCUAAGCAGCUUUAGUGGCAGUGGCGAGCACAAGGCGCCCUCGAUCAGCUCGGGAGUGUCGCAUGCAGUGGCCAAUGGACUCGGCGGUUUUGUGUACAAGCCACACCAGACUAAGCGAUACUCCAACUCGUCCAUUUUCCUGGAGAACCGCGAUGUCCUGAGCGACCAGACCAGCGUGGGUCCCGACACGGCGGUGCAUCCGCCAUACGAUUACAGUACGCCGCCAAAGAUCGACUAUCGUCAUUCGGGCAUCGGGCACUCGGGAUGUUGCACUGCCGACUGCAUGGAUGGUCAUCCCAUGCAGUCCAGGAAGGCGGAGCUGCGUCGCUACUCCGAUCCGAAACUGAAGCCGGGCGAGGCGGAUACCGUGUUGGAUAUUGACUUGCCCACAUCUCCGCUAUCGCCACCUGCCGCCUAUGCCAGUAACAGCCAGCAUAAGCAGCCGCUGGCACCGCCGCUCAUUAUCUCCUCCUCCUUUGACAGGGGCGUGAACAGGAGCCGGCAGGGACACUGCCCCUCGAACACUGCCCAGAUAGAUCGAUCGCGGCUCAGUUUCAAGUCGUUGCCAAAUCUCAGCAGCAGCUGCGAGAGUCUCAUCCAAAAGUGAUUGCCGGAUGUGAAUCCAGCUCACCAUGUGCUCUCUCCCCCCCUGUAACCCUCUGCUCUCAAGUAUUCACCGCUGGUCGACGGACAGAUCCCCGAGAUCAUCCAAAGGAAAUACUAUUUUUUAUACCGCACACACAAAACACACCAAUUGGGCUUUAAAAGCCAGACAGAUCGCGUGGCCAGCGGCCAGCCCAAAUCCCCUAAGUUCUCCUCGUUGUGUUUAACGAUUUUUUUGUAUAGCAAAGAGCCCAUAACAAUUUUUGAGACUGCAAUGAUUAAGAAAAGAAAGGAUAAACAAAGCAAAACAAACACUUGACAGAGUGGAGUAUUGAUUAUUGUAUCGUUUAAAGUCAAGCAAGCAGCAAGCAGUGUGUGUAUCUUUAGAUUUAGGCGCUAAACCAACUGAUGUAUAAUUUAACUGCUAAUCGCAUCAUCAUCAUCAUCCAGCCUCCGAUAUCCAAUCCUCCCAUAUGUGUCCACACCUGAGUUGUUGUCCAAGCCAAAAGAAAGCCUACAAAAAUCAACCAGAGACAGUAAUUAUUUAGUCCGCGUACGAAAUGUGUGUAUGUUUUGUUUUCUUAACUUCUAAGUCAAAUGAAAUUUUAAAAAAAUUGAUCUGUGAUUAAGCGUCAUUGAAUAAACAUACAUAACAUACAUACAACAUAAAAAUGCAAGCAUUAACAUACAUAUAUUGACAGUCAGCAGCAGCAGUAGUAAAAAAAAACCAACCAUUUUUACUUAAACAACAAUAUAGAUAUGAAAAAGAAACCAAGAACAGCAACAUGACAACCACUAAAAGCUUUUCGCUCCUCCGGGAGCUGAGAAAUAGGGAUUUAUUCUUUAAAAAUCUCUAGCUGAAAAAAAAUAUAUGAAUGGAAGCCGUUUUUUAGAUAAUAGACACUUAGCAUAAAACAGUAAAUACUUAUGAUCGCUACCAGAGUUACGAGCAUAAAAAUAAAAACCAAAUGAGAAACAAAUUUCAAAAAGGACAACUAAAUUUUUUAAUAUGUACUAAAUAUUUAAAUAAAUAUGUGCAAACCAAAAACAUAAAAGUUAUUUAAUUGAUAUAAUCACCGAAGUUUGGGGACUUUUAUCAAGUAAAUUAAAAAUAAUAAUAAUAAAUUAUCUUUUAAUGUUUUAUAAACCAAAUUAAAUUUACACAAUACACAAAUUUUAACUGGCAUACCAUUAAAAUAUAUAUACUUAUUAUA